CAGUGAAGCAUGAUGCGCCAAAUACUGCUUUUGACUCUGGGCACGCUGGCUCUAAUGGGCGGCUUGCCCAACUUCAUGAAACACGAGGAUGACUUGGCUUACUGCUCGGGGACAGCCCCCUGCUCCCUGGCCUUCCUGUCAAACAACCCACUCAGCCUGCGUUGCCCAAGUGCUAUGGAAGCACCUGAAGACUCCGUCUACUGGCAGUACCAGGACCUCAGCCAGCCUCAAACCAAACCCUGCACCUUCAUCGGACCCAGGCACUUGAGGAUGUACCAUGGGCCAAUGGGCAAACUGGGAAGCCGAGCCAAUCUACGGAGAGGCUCCUUGAUCAUGAACAAGGCGGAGACCUCAGACACGGGCCUGUACCUGUGCAAGUCGGCUGACUCCAUACUAGCCGCCUACCAGGUAGAUGUGCAGGACUCGUCUCUGCUUUACGUGUCCCACCAAGGGCUGGGGGAGAACAUUUUGUCAAACCAGAGCCUGAGGGUGAACUUGGGCUCUUCCCAGCACAUGGUCCGGCUCUACACCCGCUGGGGACCAUGGCAGGACUGUGACCGAUGCAACGUAAUGGGGGAGCAGAAGAUGAUGGGCUUCUGUUACGCCAAGCUUAGCGAGAUCGACAAGAACGAGGAAGAGGACGAGGAACUGGAGGUAAAUGGAGCCACCUUGCCCUGCGGCCUAAUGGAGCUGCACAUUGGGCAGUCCUUGCCCCGGCGCGGCGCUGAGCUCCACUACCAGAUGUGCCGCGAGCCGUGCGAGAAGGAGGAAAUACCAACGGAGAUCGUAGCCAAUCUGUUGCCGGAGAUUGGCGAUUGGUGGUGGUCGGGUCGGGAGACUGCGUUCAACUGGAUGGAGCCUCGCAUGCUACUGCAGACGGUGUACCUCGACAUCCAUGACAACGCCCGGAUGACAUGCCCGGGGGCAUCAGUGUACACGCCCGUUCUAUGGCAGCGCGACUCCACAUUCAUCACCCGAGGUGGCAACUGUAACGGGUCCCACCAGCUGGACGACACCACGGGCGGCGGCAUCUACCAAAUCGAAAGCGUGAAGCCCUCCGACCGUGGCAUUUACCGCUGCUGGGUGCAUGGGCAUAAGGUCGCCUCCUUCCACCUCGAGACGCCCGAGCUGCCAGUAGUACACCGCCGCGUCACCCGGCGACUGCUCGACGGCAUGAGAAUCUUGGUCGGCACGAUCGCCAUGGUCUUCGUGAUUAGCGCCGUGGCUGAAACACUGUGCGCCUGCUUGUUUGAGAUCUACUAGUUCAACUGCCUCCUCCAGAACAUAAAGACCACAAGACAUAGGGGCAGAAUUAGGCCCACCUCCGCCACUCUAUCAUGGCUGAUUCAUUUUUCCCUCUCAACCGAAUUCUUCUGUCCUCUCCCCAUAAUCUUUUUUAUCAUUAUUAAUGACAUAUCCAUAUCCCAAGGACUUGGCCUCUCAUGCCCCAGGCCAUGGAUGACGCAGCUGGGCUGCAGCAGCAGGGGCAAAUGUGCAACUGGGCUGCGUUGGCUCCAGUGGAGCUGCAGUGUCAAGCGUUGAAUAACAUUGGUGCAUGUGGGCUGCUUUCGGGUAAUCAGUAUGCUGCAUGGUAGAGUGCCGACUGUAUUGCUGCUGUGUCAGUGACCAUGCUGCAUUGGAGCACAUUGGGAGCAAUGCCUCCACCUUCAACGGUCACUGCCCACUGAGCUGCUCUAGGGUUGCACAGAGCUGCACUGGACACAGCCCUGAGCGGCAUGCAUGUCAGCUUGCUGCAGUGAAGGGACAUAGGCAGAAGGGAGAAUACUCACACGGCUGAGCGUGGCCUCACCACUUUGGGGCUUCCGCAGUCAGCGGCACUUCCGCAAUCAGCGUGCCCUCAGCACUUACCAGAAAUUACGCAAUCAAGGCGACUUGUCCACUAAGCGGAGGUCACGAAAUGAGCGGGACUUUUGAACCAAAUACAGUCAGACUUAAUAAAGCAUUUAUUUCUUCCAAACACAGUUGGACUUAAUAAAGCAUUGCAGUUUCGAGCACAGGCAGGGCAGCAGGCACACUACUCAUGGCAUUGUGUUUAAGGGUUAACAAAUCAUGUAUUGCAAACACACGGCAGACUCACAG